UGUCCCACGUGCUUUAUCAGUUUGUUGUCAUUCGGCUGUGAUCAGAGUCCCGAGAAUUAUCAACUGUUUUUUGUGGGUGUUUUUUUUUUUAUCAUAAUCCUUGUGCAAUUACCCCCCAAAAAAAUGAACAUAAAAGAAGACGAAGACUGCCUGUUUCUUGAGCACGUUUUGGAUAAACUUUAUGAGUUUGAUGACGGACCAGCAUCAAGAAAGAAGCAGAAGUCUCAGAAGAAGAAAAAACGAAAAAGAUGUGAGGAGGAGGAAGUAGAGUUCCCUGCAGUGAAGGAUAGCUGCAGCAACACUGACGACAACAGAGCAGAUCACGAUGAUACUGAACAACAGCAGCAGCAGCAGCAACCAAACACUGAGCACACAGGUUCAACCAUCCAGCAGGUGAGUCAGGUUGAGGUUGUUACAUUCCAGGACCCCAGAAAGAAACUGAAAACCAAGCAGACACCGGCCCCCGACAGACUGCCUGCCCUUCAGAAGAUAACAGAGAAGAAGGAAAGCGGCAAACUAGAAGAACUCAAUUUGGAAAAGGCUCGCCUUGAGGUCCAUCGCUUUGGAAUAACAGGCUAUAAGAAGGAGCAGCAGCGUGUUUUUGAGCAGGACAGAGCCGUCAUGCUGGGAGCAAGACCUCCGAAGAAGGAAUACGUCAACUACAAGGUGCUGCAGAAGCAGAUCAAAGAGAAGAAGCAGAAAGCAAAGGAAGAAGUUCAGCCGGACCUGAAGAAAAAGAAGAAGCAGAGCAAUCAAAGGGACAAGAAGAAGGUGUCCUCUGGUUCUGGUUCUGGUUCUGGCUCGGCCCUCUCAGGUCAGGUGGGCCGCUUCAAGAACGGCAUGCUGAUCCUCAGCUCCAAGGAGAUUCAGAAAAUCAAAGGCAAAAAGAGAGGCAAAUAAGUGAGCAAUUAGAUCCUUAAGGACGGGAAAACAAGUAGCACAGAGGAAGAACUGGUGUCCAAAACACUGUCAGUGUCUGAGCUUACUGCAGGACCGUUUGCAGUGUUCACAGGAAGUGGACGAGAGCUGAAUACAACGUGCGCUGUGAGGCUGAGGACUUGUCUGCAGUAAAAUAUAAGACGGUGUUCCCGGAGACAAACUGCUGAGUCAAGAAUCCAAUUUACCGACCUCCAGAAUGGACCCCGAGCGUACACACAGUGGCAGGACGUUAAAUGCACAAAACUGAUAAAUCAUAUUCCAUCACAGUUAAUUUAUUUUGUUUUUAUAAAUGACAAAAAAAAACCAAUUUGCGUUUCUCGUGUUUUACACUGUAAAGGUUUUUAAAUUAUGCAGUUACAAUGCAUUUCUCAUAUACAAACCAUGUAGUCGUACAAAACAUUUACAUUGGCAGGAAGGGAGGGGAUCAUAACGGGACAGAUGAGGUUAGAUAUUAGAAAAACAAACAAUGUACACACAAGUAAAGUCCUGGCAGAUGUUUUCAUGAAGAUACACACAUACAAACACUCUGAAUGGACUAUGAGAAAGACCUUUUUCUCCCUUUAUAAACCGUUAUGUACAAGCCUUCUUGGCAGCCUCGAGAAGCUGCGCUCUAGGUGUAAACAUUACUGAUCUUCACAGAAAACAUUUUAUUUUGUUAAAGGGAAAAAAAAAAGUCGAUGGAUUUUGAGCGACGACGAUGAUGGCGAAACAAGAGGUGUUAUCUGGCAGUGUGCGGCUGGGUGAGGUCACAAAUUCUCACACCAUUUCCUUGAAGCAGCUUUUGUGUUAUUUAUACAUUUCAAAAAAAGAAGAGAAAAUA